GAUUUAGUUUGCUACCACCUCACCGGCUCUUUUUCCAUAAAAAACCACCAACCAAACAAAAAUUCAGUCCGGAUCAAGAAAACAACCCCCACUACCUAUUUUAUGUCUUUAAGAUUUCUAUGCCUUUCUAGCCUUAAUUUUGACCAACCACUUCUAAAACUGUGGGCCCUAAUUAUGUCUUUUGAGGCCUCACGUGCUCCUGGUAACUCGGGAUUUAGUGCUGUCCGUGUCUCUACUUGGCACAUGUUUGCCUCCACUCUUCACCUCUAACUUCUCUUGUCUCUCCCAACUUCACCCAGACUCCUCAGGUCUCCCCAGGGUUAAUCCAACUUCCCAUUUACUUGGUUGUUAUUCUAAUGAUUUCACAGAAAUGCAGUCAGUGCUAUUUAAUGAGCCACUAUGGAAUUUUGUAGAUAAUUUGACUGUUGCAGAUUCAGUUCCUUCAAUGUUCUCCAUUUUCUUAAGUUUUCAUAAGCUAGAAUAUGGACAUUGGGAACACAGACAUACAUUUUUGUCUUUCUGUCACAAAAUAUAGAAAAUAUUACAUAGAUAGCAUAAUUUGAAAAUUCUAGUAUUGAUGUCUGUAGUAAAUAAUUGACUUCUUUUCCUCCUGAACAGGUCAUUAUCCAAGUGUUAGAGGUGAUGGAUCAUCUUCAUAGAGGGGAAUCAGUUGCUGCAAUACUCCGUAACCGAGCAGAAAAACAAAUGGAGGGGGAGUACUUCUUUGAAGAAAACCUUUUUCUUGAUUUUCUUUUUAAAUUAUCUCUAGUGGAAGAGGAAGACCAACACAUGAAAUUGUCCCUUGGAAGCAGCGAAAUGGGUCUCUCAUCCCAUCUGCAGUCUUCCAAGGCAGGAACCACACGCAUCUUUACCAGCAAUACCCACAGUUCUGUGGUGUUACAGGGCUUUGACCAGCUUCGACUUGAAGGAUUGCUUUGUGAUGUGACUUUGAUGCCAGGCGACACCGAUGACGCCUUCCCUGUGCAUAGAGUCAUGAUGGCCUCUGCUAGUGAUUACUUCAAGGCCAUGUUCACAGGUGGAAUGAAAGAACAAGAUUUAAUGUGCAUUAAGCUUCAUGGUGUGAGCAAAGUCGGCUUAAGGAAAAUUAUUGAUUUCAUUUAUACCGCAAAGCUUUCUCUUAACAUGGACAACCUUCAAGACACACUGGAAGCUGCCAGUUUUCUUCAGAUUCUGCCGGUUUUGGACUUCUGCAAAGUAUUUCUCAUAUCUGGGGUCACUUUAGACAAUUGUGUCGAAGUUGGUCGGAUUGCCAACACCUACAAUCUGACAGAAGUGGAUAAAUACGUCAACAGUUUUGUCCUGAAGAAUUUUCCUGCAUUGCUGAGCACUGGGGAGUUCUUGAAACUCCCUUUUGAGCGUCUUGCCUUUGUGCUUUCCAGCAAUAGCCUUAAGCACUGCACUGAACUUGAGCUCUUUAAGGCUACCUGUCGCUGGCUACGCCUAGAAGAGCCUCGGAUGGACUUUGCUGCAAAAUUAAUGAAGAACAUACGAUUUCCACUGAUGACACCGCAGGAGCUCAUUAAUUAUGUGCAAACCGUGGAUUUCAUGAGAACUGACAAUACCUGUGUGAAUCUGCUUUUGGAAGCCAGCAAUUACCAAAUGAUGCCGUACAUGCAGCCAGUGAUGCAGUCAGACAGGACUGCCAUUCGGUCUGACACCACUCAUUUGGUCACGCUUGGAGGAGUGCUGAGGCAGCAGCUGGUUGUCAGCAAGGAAUUGCGCAUGUAUGAUGAAAAGGCCCAUGAAUGGAAAUCGUUAGCCCCCAUGGAUGCCCCAAGGUACCAGCAUGGCAUCGCCGUCAUUGGAAAUUUCCUCUAUGUCGUCGGUGGACAGAGUAAUUAUGACACAAAAGGAAAAACGGCAGUCGAUACAGUCUUCAGAUUUGAUCCUCGCUACAAUAAAUGGAUGCAGGUUGCGUCUUUAAAUGAAAAGCGCACCUUCUUCCACCUAAGUGCCCUCAAAGGAUAUCUGUAUGCUGUCGGUGGGCGAAACGCAGCUGGUGAACUGCCCACAGUGGAGUGUUAUAAUCCAAGAACAAAUGAGUGGACCUACGUUGCCAAAAUGAGUGAACCCCACUAUGGCCAUGCCGGGACUGUGUAUGGAGGAGUCAUGUAUAUUUCAGGAGGAAUCACUCAUGACACUUUCCAAAAGGAGCUCAUGUGCUUUGACCCUGACACUGACAAGUGGAUCCAGAAGGCGCCAAUGACCACCGUCAGAGGUCUGCACUGCAUGUGUACGGUGGGCGAGAGGCUCUAUGUCAUCGGUGGUAACCACUUCCGAGGCACGAGUGAUUAUGAUGAUGUCCUAAGCUGUGAAUACUACUCACCUAUCCUUGACCAGUGGACCCCAAUUGCUGCCAUGCUAAGGGGGCAGAGUGAUGUUGGGGUUGCGGUCUUUGAAAAUAAGAUCUACGUGGUCGGUGGGUAUUCCUGGAAUAAUCGCUGUAUGGUGGAGAUAGUGCAGAAAUAUGACCCCGAUAAAGAUGAGUGGCAUAAGGUGUUUGAUCUCCCAGAGUCCCUCGGUGGCAUCCGAGCUUGUACACUCACGGUUUUCCCGCCCGAAGAAACCACACCAUCCCCCUCUAGAGAGUCCCCCCUUUCUGCACCUUAGGAUCAUCCCCCUACAACUAAGAUGCUGUAGUCCUAUCUUUGCAACGUGUCAAGAAUUCUCUUCUUUUGCGCCCCCUUUAGUAGUGUAUGUUAGGAUUAGCCUCCAGUCAUUGAUACAGAUAUUGGAAAAAAAGACAACAUUGAUGUUAUUUGUGCUGUUUGUUUGGCUUAGAGUGUUUAUAAAGUGGUAACAAAACCUUUCUGGAAAUGUAUCCCAUUGAAGCUGAUGUUUAACAUACAAAAAACAAAACAAAACAAAAAAAACAAAAAAAAACCCCAAGAUAUUGUCUAUAAAAUGUUUCUUCAGUACUUUUUUGAUGCUGUGUAUUGGGUGUAAGGUAUUUGUCAUCUUACAUUAGAAAGCCCAAUAAACCAACUUGAUGGUGGAUUAUAGUAAAUGUACAACUGUGCUAACUAGGCUUCAAAGUCCAAAAGUUUUCCUUUCAUCUUUGACUGUGAGAUGUCAACAGGACACAAUAGACAAAAGGUUGCCAACUCGCAUGAGCUACCUCCCUCUUUGCAUAAAGUGUUUUUGACAUAUCUGUCAACCCACCGGUCUGUGUGGGUGCAUUGAAAACAUAUGAAGUUUCUUAGACACACAGGAGAAAUAAUAACUGAAACUCACCAAUAUUAAUUUAAAAAAGAAACAGCAUGACCCCUCUACUUAGAAACAAGGGUUUGGGGUUUCUGAAGUGUGUAUAAAUACACACACACACACACACACAUAUAGCAAAUAUAAAAUUUUAAAAAUUGAAUGGCACGUCAAAUAAACAUGAAAGAUCUUUUUAAAUUUCUACCAAAAACAGCUUCCCUUAAAAUGGGAAUUCAGUAUGCACAUACUGAAUGCACACAUGGAGAAUCCUACUGGAUUUAGGUGGAUAAGGGCUAGAAAUUUUGAGCAACUAAAUUUGUCACUUGACCAAAUUUUUCCUUCCGAAGCUGUAACCUACACCUUCUCCUUUGCUGUUGAGGUAACUUGCAUAUUAUAUGUGUUCUGUAUAUUCUCAGUUCAUAAGGUUAUUUAGCACAAAGUAUAGCAGCCUCACGUGGGAAGCUGCUUUUGCUCAGUGAUUUCAACUUCCAUGUUUUAUCUCUUUUUGUUCAAUAAAAAAAACAUUUAAUGUCA